AUGAAAUAUUAUCGUGAAACUAUUAUGUUAUAUAAAUAUAUAAUUACUUCUUAUUGGCUGAUGGAGAGAGAGCCAACCUUGUCCACCAGUCUUACAUUUCUAACUGGUGGAAGCAGUGGUGCUGGUAGUACCCAUUUAUUUAUAGACGAUAAUUUCAGUCUGGGCGGCAGUGUUAGCAACUCAACAAACGUUAUUACAACCUGUCAGCAACAAGACUGGAACAUGCAGAAGCAUUUGAAUAGCGGCAGUAUAGGAAGCAGUAGUAGUAGUCACAAGAAUUGUAGCAGCAGUAGUAGUAUAGCAGACGAUAAUAGCAGCUCUGACGGAUCCGACAAAUUCCAACCCCCCGCUAACAGCAAACUACUACCAUCAAACAUUCAUAAUUUGGACUGGAGUCGAGUUGUCCAUGUCGAAAGUUGUCAAUAUAAAAAUCAAAAGAAUACAUUCAGUUUAUUUUACGUUACAUUUUCAAAGUUAGUCGAUGACAAGGAACAUUACUUUAAAGUAAUGUUGAAAACAUCAAACAAUAUCACACAAGAGGUCUAUUCCUCCAUUCUUGCUACCAUAUGCCGUAUCCCAAUUCCAACCAUGCGUUUAGUUGAAUAUUCUACACCCGAAUUCGCUUCAAUGUCUAAAAAUCUACAAAGAUUUUCAUCCGAUUUAUUAUUUAAAAAAGAAUUGAAAAAGAAAUUUUUCUUGGUUAUGGAGUGUGUAGAAGGAAAACCACUUGGUGAAUUAAAUAUAAAAGAGUUUUUUAAUGAAAAGAAAUAUCCAACGAUACACCAUCCAAAGAUGGUUGGAAUUUUACCAUUCUGGAUACCAGAAUCAACUUCAUUGUCAACAGUUCUUUCACAGUCGGUUACCACAAGCACAUCAAUCGUCUGA